AUGACGGACGAAAAAAUCAGUGAAAGUGCAACAGCAGCAACAAAAUCAGAUAAGCAACAUAUUAAUAUCUUCAGCCGUGGAGAUCUCUUGUAUUGGAACUGUGAAUAUGAAAAGGCGAAAAAUCAUUUUCAAAUGAUUUUAAUUUCACCAGCAAUAAGCCUUCUUGAUUCAGCGCGAUGUUACAGUUCACUUGGCGCAGUAAGCACUGAAUUAAAAAAUUAUGAAGAAGCAAUAAAUAAUUAUCGUAAGCAGCUUGAUUUAUUAAUUAAACUGAAAAUUCCGAACAAGACAGAAGGUGAUAUUGCUAAGUGUUUGAUGUCAAUUGGUAUGGUCUAUUUUUUGCAGCAGGAUUAUGCUCAAGCUAUUUCCUAUCAGAAACAAGCACUCGACACUCUUGCUAUUGUCACACUAACUCAUGAUCUUACUUCAAAAAUUUAUAGAAAUAUUGCUAAUUUAUACGCAAAAACAAAGGAAUUCGAUUCAGCACUAGAGUACUUUCAAAAAGCACUUGCAGUGAAUGAUCGAGAUCUAAAAGACGAUGGUCUAACACUCGGGCAAAUUUAUGCAGAUAUCGGAGUUAUGUACUAUUCUAAAGAAGAUUAUAAACAAGCAUUGGAUUAUUUUACUAAAGCGCAUGCAACGUGGCUUAAAUCUCUAAGACCGAGCCAUUUAUAUGUUAAAUCCAUGGAAAAGACGAUUCGCACUGUCGAAUCAAAACUAUGUAUGUACAAUUCUCUACGAAUAUUUCUUUGUUUAUUUAUUUUGAAUCCUAAGUUAUUUUGGGGAACUCACAUAUAUCUUUCAAGAAAAUAG